UUUACAUGGGACAUAUACUAUUGUUCAACAUGGCGAUUGUAAUGUAAAGGAAAAACUAUUUUUAUCUUAUGUUUGACUGAUACCCCGCUUUCACACAACAUGACAUCGGAGAUGGCGACCAGGGAGGUGAAACUUGGGACGAGGACAGUACAGUUUCCAUCAGGCUAUCUGCAGGAGUUGCAGGAUUGCAAUGAUAAACUCAAUGACGUCGAGGCUCUGCACAAAGAACUUCAUGACAAGGGAUAUCUGUUCAUCCGAGGUCUCCACGAUCGGGGGGAGGUUCUGGCAGCACGACUGGCAGUCCUACAGUACUUGAAGGACCAGGGGGAGGGGAUCCUCCACCCGUCGGAGCCAUUGGAGAAAGGUGUCCUCCAGCAAGGCUGUGGUGUUGGGUGUGUACCCACCAUGGAGGGAGUACCCGGUAUAACCCAUCAAGAUCCUGUCAAAGCCGUCAUUGAAGGUUCGAGACCUUUCAGUUUCUUCAAGAAGUUCUUUGGGAAAGAUGUUGCAACACUGGACUACAAGUGGUUACGUGCCGUGCAUACCGAUGCCUUCACCGGGGUCCAUGUGGACAAUGUGUACAUGAGUCGUGGCUCCAAGUCUCUGCUCACCAUGUGGACGCCAGUCGGAGAUAUCAGUGUAGAGAUGGGUGUCCUGGCCAUGUGUGAGGGAUCAAAUCGACUACCUGGAUUUGAUCACUUCCAAAACACAUAUGGUAAUCUUGAUGCAGAGGAAGCAAGGCUCAAAGGCACCGGUUGGUUUACAACAGACCCUUUUGAAAUAACAGACAAGUUUGGAGGCCAGUGGAAAACCACAGAUUUCAAGGCGGGUGAUGUCAUGAUCUUCGGAAUGAGGACAGCGCACAUGUCUACCUGCAACCUGACUAACCUUGCCCGCAUCAGCUGUGAUACACGAUGGCAGCCAUCUGACGAGCCAACAGACAGCCGCUAUAUGGAGGGCAAGGAUGGUCCCGAGCUUAAGUUUGGUCUCCAUGCGAAGGAUGAGAGCUCCAAUGUCGAGACAACCAUGGAAUCGCUGAGACUCAGAUGGGGGCUUUGAGCAUCUUCAAAGUUUUCCUGUCUGACAGAACAAGAGCCAUAAUAUAUAACUUAAAGCAGGGAGACUGUAUAAAGCUUCUCUGCCUCACUGCGGUAUCAUAUCAUGUUGUGACCAGUUCAGAAAAAAACUUUUAUUACACACAGCUAACUACCACUGUGGGUGAGAUAAAUACUUACUUGUGCCUUGUACGUAGUAUGGGUGAGUAAGUUUAACACUGCUUUUAGCAAUAUCACAGCAGGGGACACCAGAAAAUGGGCUUCACACAUUGUACCCAUGUGGGGAAUCAGCCUGGGUUUUCGGACGAACAGUCUAAACACGAGGCUACCCCCUACAUGCUGCAUGGUAUCUAAAUGGAGGACGUAAGAAGUUAAGAAAUAUAGACAUAUAUACUUCCCAUCAAAAGUUUAGACUCACUUAAAACACUUACUAUAUGUUAUGUAUAUAUAUAUGGUUACAUCGAAGAUUGAUUUCUCCACUAACUUGGGGGAAUCAACUGCAAACCUUAUGCAGAUGUAUUGCACGAGGAUCAUGCAUCAAAUUGCUGAAAAGCAUGAGCAAAUACCAUUCAUGUGAACAGCUUCGUUUUGAUGUAAAGUUUUGUUAAGAAUUCGCCAAUUUUCACUGAAUUUUAGCAUCUAUUGAACUCAUAAUAAUAAUCUUUUCAAUGUUAGGAAUAUGUUUUACAAUACAUCAGUUCAUCUGUAAACAGUACCUUUAAACAGUAGUCAAUAUUUUCCAAAAUUUAGUUUAGAACAGUUGCCUGAAGUAAGUGGCUAUAUUAAUACUAGUGAGUCUAAACUUUUGAUGGGAAGUAUAGAUAUAAUUAGGAAUCACAGGAAUGAGAAUCAGUGGUCAUAACUUGCAUGUAUAACAGCUAGUAAAGGCCUGUAUAACAGCUAGUAAAGGCCUGUUCAUGAUGAUUAAGACACUUGUAGACCAGGAGACCUGACAUCGUUAUUGUUUUAACUUUCUAAGAGACAUCACUCUUCGUUGUUCAUGUCAAUACAGGGCCAUGUUGUAGCACAGUGGCUGACGCAUUGCUUGUCACAACAAAGGACCCAGUUCAAUUCCUCACAUGAGUAAAGUGUGUGAAGACCAUUUCUGUUGUCCCAAUGUUUCAUAUUACCUGUUCUAUCUGUCCAAAUAUGUAAUGUCGUGGCAAUUUCUCAUUCAUCUUGGCUGCAUUUUUACUAUCUAUAGUCAUAGUAUUGUAGUACAAUUAUAGUUGGGUUGCUGGAGGUAUCAACAACUGAGGUGUGGCUGAAAGUGUUUAAUCUCUUCCCAUUGUGAAAUAGUUCAGUAUUUAAAUACCAAUUUUUGUGAUGGUAAUUCAUACUUAGGACACAUUACUUUACAUGCUUAAGACACACUAGAGAAAGGAACUCAAUGACACAAUAUUUUUACAGGUUUUUGUCAUUGUUGGGUAAUAAACAUAUUUUACUGACUUCA